CUGCUUGUAGAAUUAUGCCAGCAGUACAUUGGAUUUUGAUGUUGCAAUGUUUACAAGCGCUAACGUGAUGAAUCUUGCGGUGCAGACCGUUCCACAGGAGUUCUCAAGGCUACAUAUGCCGCGGAAGAGGACCACCAUCACUGUCCAAGAUGAAUUCGGCUUCCAGUGGCCUGGCCAAUGGGUUGUCAACAGCCUUCAUGGUGGGUUAAGCGAUGGUUGGGCAGCCUUUUCCCGCGACCAUUAUUUGGAAGAAGGCGACGCGUGCGUCUUCGAGGUCCUCAAUUUGAAGAUUCCCCUUCUUCUCGUCCACAUUUUCAGAGUCGUAGAAGUGCCUUUACUCCCCGGAAGUAGAGGUGGAUGGGAUGUGCAUUACCGCGUUGUGAACAACAUAUCACGUAACAAGUCCCUAGGGAUCCCUCUCAGUGAAGGACACUCGCUGGCUCAGGAGCUGCCCGGUGACAACACUGUGGAAACAAUAGGCGGUAAUUCUCAAAAGACGAGAAGAAGCUUGAUAGAGGAGCUACAGACGAUGGUAAUGAACGACCACUUUUCGAAACGUCGGCGGGAGGAUUUUCCUCCUAGGGCUCCUGGGUUUAAAGCGAGGAAUGAAGCUUGUGAAGAAGAUGUAAAACCAGACAUCACGCCACCAGAGCAAAUUCAAUCCCUGUGGCCUCCUGACAGUCCUGUCUAUCUUUCUCCUGAGUCCAUGCACGUCAAAGUUGAAAGCAGGAAUGCGAACCAGUCACACACUCCGACUUCACUGCAUGCUUCCCCCGAAGUGAAAAUCGAACCGUUCGUAGCUGCAGAAAGGGAGGGCAUAUGUUGCGAGGACAGUCUUAAGAAGGGGUCUCACAUUUCAGUCUACACUCGACGCCGAAGAUCAGAUGCAGCACCAAACAUUGCUACGAAACCUACCAAAUCAGAGAAGGACGCGACAGUCUGGUAUCGAGUGAUCAGCAUUAGGAACAGAAGAACUGUCAAAACAGAGGAGGAAUUCUGCGUCGAAAUUGAUCACACAGUGCCGGAACAUGGAUCAGAUUACAAGGAUGUUGAGCGAGGCCCUGAUGGGUUGUGGUGGGUGCCGCGCAGCCAUUUCGAAGGUGAUUACUCCAUCUGCCGUCUCAGCUGAACCACCCCACCAUCGCGCCUUCCUCCUUCCACCCGCGGCUGUAAUUUGCUGCGAUCGAUGCCAUCGCUGUGGCUGCAAUAUUUACUACUCCGACGCGAGCGAAUGCGACGCGGAUCUUCAAUCAGCGUCGGUGACGACGCCGACACACAGUUUUAGGGCUUCGUGCAGACUGUUCAUAAAGCUACAAUAAUGCUAUAUAAUGUUGGUGUGUGUUGUCUACUAUGCGGGUAAAUUCGAACAGGGUUUCAAUGCAUUUGUGGAAUCUGUCACAUAAAUCCGUAUUUUGUCUUUCUACCAUGAAA